GUUCAAUCUAAGUCGAAAUCGACUGACUGUAGUUAAACAGUUGGGUAUUGAUAGGCUAGAGAUAUGUGUUAGAAGUACAAUAGUGCAAAAUGAAAAUCUAUCCACAAUUUAUCUUAUGGAGCUACGUUGCCUUGCCAGCAUUAUGCAUAUUGCUGUCACCAACUCUUCUUCUGAGCCUAGCAAAGGCUCAGCAAGCCAGAGCCAGAGCGAUGACAAAUGCUGUGCAACUCAAAUCGAGGGCAGCAGCUGCUCUAGCUAGAAACCAAGCACGAAAUAACCAAAGAAGAUUCGCUCCUGCUGGUAGAUACGCGAAUGGCUUUUCUCCAAUGCCAUUGCAUAACAGGAAUACGAGAGAUUUAAAGGAGCCCAGGAUCGCCUCUGGAAUUGAUCGUGAAAGUGCUCAAAGAAAAUCUCAUUGGGAUCAGCAAGAAGAGGCAAUGGGCAUGUUGCAAAAUAUGUGGAAUAUGAACGCAUUAAAUAAUAUGCAAAGUAAUGCUCCCAUAACAACCGCUAAUGGGCCUGAAGUCUUAAAUCCAGUUGGCGAAAUGGUAGGCAGCGCUCGAACUUAUCCUGGACCAUUCUUUGGUAGAAAUAUUUAUGAUGAAACUCUUGGAGCAGAGAAUCCCAGAGAAAUGGAAGACUACGAUCUACAUGACGAAAACAAUAGCGCUGAACUUGAAGACGAUUCAUUUGCUAUAAUUAAUGGCGAACGAACUCAUCGCAGGAAAAAGAAGAAGCAUGAUUCCGAUGAAGACUACUCAUAUAAUUACUAUAAUGAUUACUAUCGAAACGUUAACCAAAAUGGCGAUCGGCAAAUUGUCGAACAAGUUGGUGACCAAUUGCCAGAAUUACCUGCUGUGCAAAUGAGUGAGCCAAGACAUAACAAAAAGUAUAAAAAAAAUAAGAAGGAUCACAAUUAUCAAACUUACUAUCCUAAUCAUCUUUACUAUGCUAAUAAUUACUAUCCAAGCCAAUAUUAUGGCCGAACUAAUGAAAGAGGAGCUGCUGACACAAUUGAACUUCAGAAAGUGAUACCGGCUGAACAGACCCUGAGCAGGCCUACUAAUCCACCAUUUAAUAUUCCAAUGCCACAACCGAAGUUACCUCAAAAUCAAGAGAAGUUUGCACUAUUAAGGCAAUAUUCUCCAGAACAUGCUGGUGAUACCAGAAACAGAAACCAGAUGCAGUUAGACCAUUCACCUCUAAAUAUACCCGAGAAAGGAACUCCAGAUGUUCCACAGACCACUCACAAAUUCCUAUCAAAUGGAGAGCCAUAUCCACACUUAAGCCUUCUACCAGCACCAGCAAUUUUCAAUCAACGGAAACAAAAAAGUUUGAAUGAACAAGUAACCGACCAAACCGGCGGUCCAGGCCUUCCACCACACAAAUUCGAGAAAGUUGGCUGCGAACAUGAUGAUGAAAUAUUCGGCCCGAAACCUGAAUACGGACGUAAUCAUCAAGGCUACCAGGAUGAUUCAAAUCUGAAUUACCAAAGGGCAGUGGAAACAAUGAACCAAAAAGUUUUGGAAUCAACAAUUCAAUUAAAUGAUCAUGGGCCAAUAAUCAACCCAAAUCAACUGACGCGUGACGAACCGAGCUUUAUUGCGGAGCAAAUUAGACCGAUGCCAGAUCUUCCUCAUUCUGAAGCUCAAGUAGACUACAAGGAUUUAAACGAAAAUUUCAAUAGAGAACCUGCUGCAUACCAUCAAGAGGGAGUCGGCACCAAUCAGCAAAUUAGUCUAAAUCCAACAAGCCAAGGACCCGAUGAGGCGUCAAUGCGUGCUGCCGAUCCUCAUCAUCACAAGCACUUUCCACAUUCUCAUGCAUUCACUCACGUCCACUACAAAUACGACAGCCCAGUGGUUCCACCUCCAGUUUACAACCCUAAUCCGCCUUAUUAUUCUCCUCUUCCUCCUCACAAUUUUGGACCUUCAAAUGCCUUUUCGCAAGCCAAUGCCCAUUCGCAAAGCAUUUCACAAGGAUCUGUAAUUCCUGUAACUGAAUUUGGACACUCUGGAGCAUUUAGUCAUUCAGGAGCGCAUGGGACCACUGCUAUUAACUUCAAUAAAUUUGGACACACACCGAAUGGAGGCUACGUUCCAGUAACAAAUACUGGAUUUGGUGGUGUGUCUUCUGGAUCAUCAGCAACUGCCCAAUCUCAAGCCGGUACUCAAUCAUUUAGCAACGGAUUUGCACAGUCACUAGCUCAAACUACCGCUCAAGCCACUGCUCAAGCAACUGCUCAAGCUUCUGCACAGGCUGCAGCGGGUGUAAAUACAGGAUCGCGCUUAUUUGAGAGCCCACUUCGUUCCAGUGAUGCAUUGAAUCAUUAUGAAGAAGAAGCAAGAGCUGCAUGGGACCGAGACCAAUUAAAUGCUGAAAGGCUAAGAUUUUCAAGAUCUUCAAACUCCGGUCCCGACGACCUGGACGGUCAUAGCUUGCAGUUCAAAGAAACGACGGCAGUAAAUGAUGGUAUCGGUCCGAACAAAGCCAAUUUGUUUGAAACCUAUCCAUCUUCCGAAGAAAAAGAUGAAUCCAUUGGUUCAAAACUGAACCAGGAAAAUCCGGAAGAAACCUCUAACCCUUCUGGUACUAUAAAAAACGCCAACAUAAAUGCAAACAACGAUAAAAGCAGUGGAUAUAUUACCAAGCAUCUGGACAAUAUCGCAUCGCUUACAACUCAAAACCGUUCCGACACAACUGGAGACGAUUUAAAUUCAUCUAAAAAAUGGACUAAAAUGUUGCAUACCGCAAGUAAAUUCGAUCAAAAAAAGAGGGAAAACGAAACUACUGGAUCAGAUUCAAAGUAUAAUGCGUUGAAUAUUCAAUCAGGGAAACUCACUAAGCAACCACAGCUGGAACCAGAUCCGGAGGUAUUCUUGCAAACGGAAAAUGAUUUAAUUAGUACUGAAGGACCUUUAACAACUGCGGUUAGUUCAGAUCUUUUCAAAGUGGAUGGACAAGCCGAAAAAAAUGAAACUGACUUGGUGGAUAGCCAAGAAAAUGGUAGUGAAGCAACAGAAGCAAGCGAACAUAUUGACGAUGAUCGUAAUUGCACUACUACGGAAUUACCUUCAGGAUUAGAGACAAACGUAUUUACAGACCAUCAGCCUGAAAAAGAUAAGGAGCAAAAUGUCGAAGGAGAAGAAAGUGGUCGUUUUCUCGGCGCCCAUCUAAGCCACAAACUAGAGUCUGAAUCAGCAGAAGAAGUUGAUACAGCAGAAAAUUUUGAGAAUCAUUCAACUACAGAUAAAGCCAAAGAAUCAUUUACUGAGAACAUACUGGGCGCUGCAAGGAGCAGCGAAACAAACGAUAGAUCCAGCGAAGAAAGUGAUGAAAGUCACACGAAUUAUAAUUCAAAACCCAUUUUGCCGGAACCAUCCACGUCCACUGGAUUACCACCACCCUUAAGAAAGGAAGAUAAAGAAAAUCAAACUUUGUCACCACUCGAUGAAAUAGAAGAAAUCCAAUUCAGUAUACCCGACACAACUAUAGAACCAACAGAUGAGCCAACAACUGAUAAGCCAUGGACAAAUACCGGACUAAAAGCGGAGGCCACAAGUCGAUCCGAUCCUGGAAUAAUAAAUGAUUUCCUUGAAACUGAAAAUUCCAACCCACCAGUGCUCAAAACUCAUUCAAGCGUACCUACCCUGAACGACCCGAUCGAUGUCAAUCCGUUCGAAAGUAUUGAAGCUGAAAUGGAGACUCUGACUGAUGCAGAGAAAGAUUUGUUUAUCAAACAAGAGGUGAAGUUAAUAUCCGAAAUUAUUGCUGAAACAAUGAAGAACAAAACCAAUUGGGCUAACAAGGGCCAUUCUACCAAUCCGGGUUUAGCCGCACUCGACAAAACUAGUGCAGAAGAGCAUGUUUCUUCGCCGAAUCUGUUCCAAUCUUUUGGUGAAAAAUCAUCCAGUUUUGAACGAUUUCGCCCGGAAUAUAACAGGCAUGCCAGAUCAACGUCAGAGGCUAAUGAAGCCUUUGAUGUUAUUGUAGGAGCUCAGAAGGAGAAGCUGGACAGCAUCGAAAAAGACGCUACUGGCGAUGAUGACUUAUUAAUGAUAAGUUUCAUUGGAAAUGGUAUCAUUGAGGACUUAGAGAAUAGAAGAAGCGAAGCUGAUCACGAUUUUACCACACCCAGAAGCGCAAAAAUGUCCAUCUGGAAAAGAUCCAAAAGGGCCCUUGCAGGUAUGGAGUUUAACCAUCCAUUCACAGAAUUAAUCAAUGAUCCAAGCAAAAAAAUCGAUAUUUCAAAAACGAUGGACAACGUGGGAGCCAUUGUUAAGCAGAGUUUCGAAAGCCCAGAAGCUCCACUGUAUCAUGUGAGAAAUAUGCUGGGCAACACAAAAAACUCCAUACUGUCUGCAGCAAAAAUUCCCCCAAACAAUAUUCUGGUGCCCUCCAAUUACGAAAUAACACCUCUAGCUAAAGAUAAUGACGAUAAUCAACGACUUGGAGAUAUCAAUCAGAAAAUGUUGUAUUCACGAAGCGGAAUAAGCGAUGUGGGAAGAGAAGCAGAGAAAUUACCAAGCGAUGACUCUUUUGGCAUCCUGGGCACUUUUCAGAAGAUCGGUGGUAUUGUAAAGGAGAGUGUCGAUAACGGGAAGAAAGUGGCGUUGCACGCAAAUGAUGCUGCAACUGAUGCAAAAAAUGCUGUUUAUGCGGCAAAGAAUUCGGUGCCUCGGAUUAUUCUACCCGGCCAAAGCCCCUUGAUAGUCUCGAGAACGUCUUUGGCUGAUUCAAUCCCGAUCGUUAAUAAACCAGUACUUCUAGCUCCGCGACUUCUAGAUGUGCAUGAAGAUUCCCUUCCAACAGAAGAACAACUGCCAAAAGAUUUUGUUGGAAUGGGAGAUAUAUUGGAUGCUGUUGGCUUGAGUAAACCGGAGCAACAGGAAAUAGAAUUACAGCAAAUUCCGCUAAAACCGACAGUUGCUAGAAAGCUGAACCAAUGGAGUCUAUCAAGUCCUAGAGUUGGAGCAACCAAUGUUUUGGAAAUGGAAGAAGAUAGUGAGGAAAAUGCCAUACAACAUUUAAACUCGUUACGUGAAGCUGAGGAUUCAGUCGGAGCCAAAACUUUUAAAGAAUUCUUCAGCAGGAUGAGGGAGGAAAUGAAAGAAAUAGUAUCAAGCCGACAAGAAAUGAGGAAAAAUAGAAGAAAGCAAAAGGAAAAAAACAAGUUGAAAAAAAAAUUUACAACCAAAAAACCACCCACUAUUAAAGAUUCAGACCGGCUAAACAAAUUGGCGGAAGUGACAAAAAACCGAGAGUUGAAAAAGAUCCAAGAACAGAAACGAAGUGAGGGACAAAGAAAAAAUCAAAAGCAAAAAAGGAUGGAAAACCAUACCAAAAUUGAAGAGAGUGAUAUAAUUAAAGAACAAAAAACAAAGACACAAAAUGAUAAUCUGGAACAAAUUGAAGAACCGGAAUUAACAGAAGAAGAAAAGAGAAAGCAAGAACAGAAAUUAGCAGAAGCAUGGCAAAAAAUUCAAGAAUGGAUGGAGACGAAGCAAGAAAAUGCUGAAACUCACAAUGAUAAAUUUGACUAUAAAACUGAAGCAAAAACUCAGGCUACUACUUUACCACCAGAAAUAAUGAAAAUAUUUACUGAUAACAAACCAGUUGUCCCUGAAGCAAAACAUAUUGAGAACUUAAAAUCGAACACAAAGUCUUCUGUUGAAAUGAACCAAAAUUCGAGCAUAAAAACCAUCAAAGCUCAGCAGAAUUUUCCCAAUGUGAAUGCAGCACAGCCUGGGAACAUUGAGCUAAUAAAAUCCGAAGCUUUAAUGAAAAAUACUGAUAAUGAAACCGUUGGUUUAUUUCUUCAGCCACAGCUAAUGAAACCGUUUAUGGGCGAACCGUCCAAAAAUAUGUUUCAAUCAUUUAUGAGAGAAAAUGGUGAUCCUAUUUCGACCGAGCAACGUGGAAACUUAUUCAGUGACAACCAUUUAGAGAAGAAGUCCCGAUUUGGCCAGAAUGAAGAUUAUGGCUCAAAUAUGAACCAGCACAUUCAGCCACUGGAUGUUAUAGUUCGUAAAGAAGAUUCAGACCUUGCGGUUGGAGCAAUAAACUCUUUGGAGUUAGAAAAUUUGCGUACAAGCGAUUAUAAAGAAAAUACAGGUGAAAGUAAAGAAGUGAAACAAGAUACACUGGAUUCCUAUACUGAAGCAUCCUCAUUGGAUUCUUCGGAACGUAAAAGCAUGAUAAUUAAUGACAGAUUUCAAAUACCGUUCUUAGGGGCUUUAGAUGACGAUAAAGUUCAUGAAGUUUUGGAUCGAUAUAAUACACGUCCUAUGAAACUUGAGCAUUUAGAUAGUAAGAAAUAUUUGUAUGCGCCUGUGAAGAGCUUUAUGUUCUCGGAAGAGGAAGAUUACAAUGGAUAUAUUUGAAUAAACAUAUUUUUAAAUCCACAA